AUGGCUGAGGCUCUAGUUUCUGGUCUCAUAGAGGAGCUUGUUUCACUCGCUUUUCAAGGACUUAAUGAAGAGGUGAGACUGGUGAAGGACGUGGAUGAAGAUGUUCAACAGCUGAAGACCAAUCUGGAAGCUCUUCAUGCUGUGCUCGAAGAUGCGGAAAGAAGACAAUUUGCCGAUCAAAGCGUGAGAAAAUGGAUGGAUAGGCUGAAAGAUGUGUCGUUCGACAUGGAUAACGUGUUGGAUGAGUGGAGCACUGCUAUUUUGAAACUCAAAAUAGAUCAGAAACAACAAGGUGAACAUGCUUCUUCUUCUCGAACUAGCAUUAAUGAGAAGGUAUGCCUCUCUAUUCCAUCACCUUUUUCUUGUUUCAAAUCCAAAGUUAAUCGAAUUACUCUGCGUCAUGACAUCGCUCACAAAAUCAAAGACCUCAAUAAAAAACUAGAUAGGAUUGCUGGAGAGAAAGAUAGGUUUCAACUUAGCACAACAACCUUAGAGCAACCUAUGGAGCGACCUAGGACAACCUCGUUUGUUAUUGAAACUGACGUGUUUGGGCGGGAUAAUGAUAAGGAUAUUUUGGUUAGCAAGUUAUUGGCUGAGAAUAGUUGUACUCAUCAGGAUCAAAAUUUCAAUAUUAUUCCUAUUAUAGGGAUGGGGGGAAUGGGGAAGACUACUCUAGCCCAGUUGGUGUAUAAUGAUGAGAAGGUCAAGGCUCACUUCAAUCUUAGAAUUUGGGUAUGUGUUUCAGAACCAUUUGAAGAGAUUAAGAUUGCAAAAGCCAUUGUUGAAUCCAUUAAAGGUAGUGCCUCAAAUAUCAAUGAAUUAGAAAACUUGCUCCAAUAUAUGCGCAAGUGUAUUGAAGGAAAGAGGUAUCUUCUUAUCUUGGAUGAUGUGUGGACUGAGGAUAGGCAGAAGUGGGAGCUAUUAAGGAUUCCUUUGAAGUGUGGUGGUGUGGGAAGUAGAAUACUUGUUACUACAAGGAAAAAGGAAGUUGUUGUUGUAAUGGAAGUCGCGGCGGAGAGCGUGAUUACAUUGGAGGAGCUGUCUGAAGAGCAUUGUUGGUCAAUAUUUAAGAAACUUGCAUUCUUUGAAAGAAAUGAGGAUGAGUGUCGUGUACUAGAAGAAAUUGGUCAAAAAAUUGCUAGAAAGGCCAAGGGUUCACCUCUUGUUGCAAAAAUUUUGGGAAGUCUCAUGUGCUUUAAAAAGACCAAAAUUCAAUGGGAGGAUGUUCUAAGUAGUGAAUUGUGGCAAUCCAAGGAUUUUAAAAACAUCUUUACUCCUUUAUUCUUAAGUUAUAAUGACUUGUCCGCAAAAGAAAAACGAUGUUUCUCGUAUUGUUCAAUAUUUCCAAAGGAUUAUGAAUUUUCUAGAGAUCUGUUGGUUGAGAUGUGGAUGUCACAAAGUUUUGUAGGAUGUGGCAAUAACUCAAAAAAAGAAGGUCAUGAUUGUUUUGAAACUUUAGUCAUGAGAUCCUUCUUUCAAGAUUUUAUAGAAGAUAAUCUUGAUGGUGUUAUCACCCGUUGCAAGAUGCAUGACAUAGUGCAUGACUUUGCUCAAUUUUUGACAAGUGAUGAAUGUGUUACUUUGGUAGUUGAUGAAAAUAUUGAAGAGAAGUUGAAAUUACUUGAUGAAAAGGCUCGUCAUUUGAACCUGGAAGUUGGACCCGACACAAAAUUUCCUUUCAUGAAAUACAAAAGAAUGAAUCAAAAGAAUCUUCGCUCCUUACUUGUUUUACCAUAUAGAAGAACUAUUAGUGUUGAUGCAUCACUGUUCUCAGAUCUUUCGGCAAUGGAAAAUUGGAAGAAUUACCCGACACUUUAUGUGAUCUAUGUAAUUUGCAAACUCUAA